AUGUUAGAAAGAUUCAUCAAACAUUAUCGAGCAGGAUUUGGAAAAAUCCGUAUCCGAGGGCAUCUCAACUAUCGAGAAAUCGUGCUUCGUUUUGAGCGACAAAGCACAUUCCAUGGUAUAUCACAUGCUGCUCUUGCUUCCAACACUAAAUGGCGUAUCAUUUGGUAUACUGCAUUUAUUAUUUGCUUUUGCGCUCUUCUCAUUCAAAUCAUUCUGCUCAUUCGACGAUAUCGAACUUAUCCAAAAUCGGUUGAUCUUGAUCUCAAAUUUGAAAAUGCUCCAUUUCCUUCGAUAACACUGUGCAAUCUAAAUCCUUACAAAGCAUCGAUGAUUGCGAAAGAAGGACCUACCAAAGCCAUGAUAGAUGCUUUUUCAAACGUUCAAAAUCAUCUUGGAUCACAUGGUAUUUCUGCCGUAACUAAUAAUGCUCGAAAGAAAGAUGCAAAAUCACGACAGGUUAGAACAGCAUCUUCAAGGAUAAUACAAAGAUCAAUCUUAAAUCGACGGUAUCAUCAAGCUUCUGUACAAUGUCUGUGUGAAAUUAAUGGAAUAAGUGGUGAAAGAAAAAAAGGAAGCUGCUUUGCUGCAUAUAAAGGAAAUAUUUCAAUCCAAUUCACUGAUGCUCUGGCACGGUUUUAUCCCAGUAAAUGUAUUUGUCAGCUGGACUGGGUAUCCAAAACUCUUUGGCCAUGCUUUCCACAUAAAACAUGGAAUGAACGACUAUGCAUAGAAUGUCUCGAAAAUUUGGGUCAUUGUCCGAUGAAGUUUUUUGAGGAAAAAGCCGGAAAGGAACAAAGACAUCCCAGACAGAAGGAAUGUUUGUGCCAUCGCGAAUAUAAUCACUGCAUUGCAAACAAUGAAUAUGGUUUUAUUCUAGAAAUUAAACCAACAACGGAUAUUCUCGCACUAAACAUCUCGAAAUUCUUCAUCAAACCGACAAAAUCACGCACUAUUACCACCACUCCUGUUACUAAUACGCAAACAGCAGAACUUAUAAAGGCGCUUGGUUUUGAGGGUUUAACUGACGAAAUAGCUAUUAAAGAACAAGCAAAAGAGAAUUUGAUGUUUGCUGUCGGUGAAAUGAAUUAUGGAGCGAAAGUGAAUAUGUCACAACGAAAAGAUGAACUCAUCUUGAAAUGUUCUUUCAAUCAAAGAGACUGCAACAUUGAAAGCGAUUUUAAAUUAUAUUACGAUCAAAUAUAUGGCAACUGUUACACAUUUAAUUGGAAUCGUACUGAACAAGUAACAGCUCAUCAGGCCGGUGCUAACUUUGGUUUGCGAGUAUUGCUCUAUGCCGAUACUUCCGAAUAUUUGCCAACAUCAGAAGCAGUAGGUUUUCGGAUCACCGUUCAUGAUAAAUGGGUGGUGCCAUUUCCAGAUGCAUUUGGUUACAAUGCACCAACCGGAUUUCUGUCUUCAUUUGGAGUUCGAAUGAAAAAAUUCAACAGAAUUGUCCCGCCACAUGGUCAAUGUUUGGAAGAUAGUAAAAGUAAUCAAGAAAGCAUAUAUUCCGGAUACAAUUACUCUACUGAGGGAUGUCAUCGAACUUGUAACCAAAAAGAGGUUAUUCGCACAUGUGGUUGUGCAAAUCCAGCUUAUCCGAUGCCUAGUACGGCGAAAUCAUGUAAAGUUAGUGAUCACAUUGCUCGAGAAUGUAUUAAAAAUGCUACAUUACACCUCAGUCGUCUAAGUAGCGAAGGAAAGCUAACGAGCUGUGUGUGCCAUCAACCUUGUUCGGAAGUGAAUUAUGACAUCACGUACUCAGCUGCUCGAUGGCCUUCUGGUACGACAAAAGUGAUGGAAUGUGAUGCUGUAGAUGAUCUCUGUAUGGAGCGGUACCGCAAAAAUGCUGCAGUGAUUCAAGUUUUUUACGAAGAGCUGAACUAUGAAACACUUACCGAAACACCUUCCUAUACUCUUACAAGUGCUUUAGCUGAUUUGGGUGGCCUCACAGGUCUUUGGAUAGGUGCGUCAGUUGUCAGCUUAAUGGAAAUCAUUGCCUUAAUUGUAUAUACUGUACAAGCAUAUGUUAAGAGGCGAAAAAGGCAAAUUACUGCAACAGCUGCAAUCAUUUCCGUUGACAGUUUAUUUACAUUAUCAGGUCAAAAAGAACCGGAAAUGAUGGAAAAUGAGGUCAAAAUGUCACAUAAGAAAUCGAAAUAUCUUCCACCUGGUGUCGACUUACCUUGUGAUUGUAUUUGUGAAGAUGGGAAGAUCCAACUAAUGAGCGCACUAUGUCCUGAACAUGGUUAUAUGGUUAGGAGAAAAAAGCACAGUGGAUUAUAUCUCCCAGUACUUGGAUACAAUGAUACCAACGGAGAAGACGAGCAUAAUAACAUAAAUCAUAGUGGUGAGGAAGGAAUAAUGGAAGAAGAAAAAGAAAGUGAAAGUUUGGAAUUUAGCAGUGAUGAGAAAAACGAUUAA